CCUCUUUCUUGGACCCUACAAAGCACAACUACCGAAUGCAGCCUCAAUAAUACACGAUGGGCAUCAGCAGGGUCGCUCCAGCGGGGACAGCCAAGCUCUACUCACGGGACACGCGAUUGCGCCUAAGCUAGGAAAUGCGACAGCCAACAGAACUCGGCCGCGCGGCCUGGAAACUUAUGCACACGACCUUCGCUCGAUUCCCGGAAAAGCCUACAGGCGAGGAAAAAGAAGCGCUGCGACAAUAUGUUCACCUAUUCCAGCGGCUGUACCCAUGCGGAGAGUGCGCCGAGCACUUUGGCCAGGUCCUCAAGAAAUAUCCGCCGCAGGUAUCGUCGCAGAAGGCUGCAGCGCAGUGGGGCUGCUUCGUGCACAAUGUUGUCAACAAGAGGUUGAAGAAACCCGAGUUCGACUGCGAUGAGAUAGCAAGUCACUACGACUGUGGCUGCGCGGAUGAGGAGAAGGAGCCGAAGGCUGCGUGAUCUGGACAUAUCGCACUACGGAAAAAAGCAAGCGUCACCUGCAAAAUCUUGGAUGCUAUGCGGCACGUCAAAGCCACUGCUCCGCGCUGGCGAUGACAGCCUCACACUGCGAGCCUUGUGGCGGGCAGCCUUGGAGGUCUUCAAGGC